GUCAAACAGGACAGAGGAGACUGUCCAGCCCUCAGAGGAGAGCAGCAGAGGCGGCGCGCGGCGCUCACUCCCAUCACACACCAAAAUAAAGUCUGGAACUAAAACUUUUUACGCGUUUUUAACAUGUUUCCGCGCGUAAAGACGCACUGAGACCAGGCUUCAGGAAGGCAGCAACUGCUGAAGAAGAGGAGGAAGAUGUUACCCAGAAAGAGCAUCAUCCCGGAGGAGUUCGGGGUGCCGGGUUUCGCCUCCCGGCUGCCCAGGAAGCCGGUGUUCCGCGACCGCGUCAACAAGGCGCGCUUCAUCGCCAAGAAUGGCUCCUGCAACCUGGCGCACAAGAACAUCCGCGAGCAGGGCCGCUUCCUGCAGGACGUCUUCACCACGCUGGUGGACCUGAAAUGGCGCUUCACGCUCGUCAUCUUCACCACCACUUUUGUGAGCAGCUGGCUGCUGUUCGCCAUGAGCUGGUGGCUGGUGGCCUUUGCGCACGGAGACAUGGAUCCGGUGCGGUGGAACGAGACCCACUGCGUCACCGACGUCAAGUCGUUCAUCUCAGCCUUCCUGUUCUCCAUUGAGGUUCAGGUGACCAUCGGCUUCGGAGGACGCAUGAUAACGGAGCACUGUCCGGCCGCCAUUACUGUCCUCAUCUUGCAGAACAUAGUGGGACUCAUCAUUAACGCCGUCAUGCUGGGUUGUAUCUUUAUGAAGACGGCUCAGUCCAACCGCCGAGCGGAGACCUUAAUCUUCAGCCGCCACGCCGUUAUUGCUGUGAGGAACAACCGUCUGUGCUUCAUGAUUCGCAUCGGCGAUCUGAGGAAGAGCAUGAUCAUAGGAGCGACUGUCAGAUUACAGGACCUCUCGGGUCCCGUCGGGUUCGGGCUAAUAUUCCCUGCUCUAGCCAGGAUCACUGGGGUUAAAAAUGGCCUCCUCCACACUCCGGCCCAAAACCCUGAGGGCUCAGCGGAGAACAGCCGGGACACAAUCAGGAGACAACUACCCUCUCGACCCACAGGCCCCCAAGACCCGCUGUACGACCUGUCAGCCAUGGAGCUGCAGUGCAGCGACCUGGAGGUGAUCGUCAUUCUAGAGGGCGUUGUGGAGACCACAGGCAUCACCACCCAAGCCCGUACCUCCUACGUGUCUGAGGAGAUCCAGUGGGGUCACCGCUUUGUUCCCAUCGUCACGGAGGAGGAGGGCGUGUACUCGGUGGACUACUCCAAGUUUGGCAACACGGUCAAAAAGCUCACCUUCUUCUGUGUGGAGGGGCAGCAGCUGCUCUGCAUCAUCUGCAGGGAUUCACAAACUCACAACGGCCACCAGCUCCAGUCCAGUGAGGAAGCUGGACAGGAGUCCAAAAUCAGCCUGCAGGAGUCCCUGAAGUGUUUAAAGAAUAGGCUGAAGCUGUUCCGAGAGUUCAAAUGA